CACACACACACACACACACACACGUACACAGACCGAUCCUCCUGUGCUCCCUCGAACUUGAAAACGACCCCGGGCCGCCUCCCCUCCCCCUCCUUCUCAAGGGCACCAGCCAGCUCCCGAUGUCGGCCCCCGGCCAGUCAUCCUACGGGUGGGGCUACCUCCCCCCGGCGGACCACCAAUCUCAUCACCUGCACCACCACCACCACCACCACCCGCACAACGCCUAUUCCCCCAUCAAUGCCGACAUGGACUCCCAUUCGUCCACUUAUUCCCCGGCUUUGUCCUCGCGCGAUGGACACUCGCUCAUGUCACCGGCUGCCGAGCCGUAUGCCCGGCUGCCCAAUGACGAUCCCCACGAAGGGUCCCGCAUGUUCCAGUCCCCGGCCCCGGCGAGCCAGCCCGGCGACCCGACCGAUGCCAAUGACGAGUGGGACAAGCUGGCCGGCAUGCUGGAUGGCGUGACGGCCUUGGAUACCGAUCGCCUGGCCCUCGGCGUGGUGUCCUCGCCUCGCCACACCACCCUCGGCUUGGAGCACCUCCCCCUGCCGGCCGCCGCGGCUGUCAAUGCCUCGGCUCCCGGAGGCCCGCAUGCGCCUCUCCAUAAUCCCGGCACUUCCGCCCCGCAGAAUCGCGUCAACCCGAUGGACCUGACGCCCGGCUACUAUUCCACCUCCGGCCCCUCGUCCGAGACGUCGAGCGCCCCCUCGCCCAAGAAUGACCCCCCCGCUGUCGGGCCUGGCCACCAUGCGGCGAUCCCGGCCCUGCCGCACCCGCACGAUCGCGCCAACCUUGCCUACGCGCCGGUUCACUACCCGGGCAAGGCCCCUGCCUCGAUGGCCGGCCACGCGACCCAGGCGCAUGUUCCCCAUGCCGGCAGCCAGUAUGCCGGUCCGCCGGGGGCCCGGCCCUUCGCCGAUGACAAGGACCGCAUGGCCAUGUCGGCCACCGGCGACAUGGACAUCUCGGUCGGCAUGCAAAGCUUCGGGGCCAGCACCCAGGGCCACAUGAAGGGCGACUUCUCCUCGCACUUUGCCAUGGCCAAUGUCUAUCAAGCCCGCGGGCCGCAUCCCGCCACCGGCUUGGAGGGCGCCGAGCUCGGCAUCGCCCAGGUGAGCCCGGUCGCCGGGUUUGCCCCCUCCGAUGGCACAUUGAAGCCGGUGGGAUCGUACUACCCGGGGCCCGGGAAUCAGGGCAUGACGUCCGGCGUGGCGGCCGCGGCCGCGGCCUGGCGCCCCCCCGGCAACAUGGCGCCCAGUGUCAUGGGUACCAUCCCGGGGCCACGCCCGCCGGGGACCCUGCCCAGCUCGGCCGAUGCCGACCCCCCGGCCCUCGACCCGGCCAGCCACACCAAUGCCCUGGUUUUCCAGCUGGAGUCCUGGCUCGAUCCGGCCAUCGAUUGCCCCCCGCCAGACAUGCAGCAGGCCCACGCCCUGUGGCUGGGGAUCACCGCCAAUCGCCGGGGCAAGGCCAACGACCUGCUUGGCGGUCUGGAUCGCGAGGAGACCCUGACGCCGCGCAUGCGCGCCCGCCGCGGCCGCGUCCUCGGGCACCUCCUCCGCCUGCGACAGAACUACCUCCGUGACUCGAAGAGCUUCCGCCGCAAGAUUGCCCUCAACUGCGCCAUGGAGCUCAUGCACCAGUCCGAUCCGGCGGUUCAAAAUGACACCCGGAAGAAGUGGUACACCCGCUACCACGUCAUCAAGGCCAAGCUCCAGCGCCAGGGGGUCCGCUACAUCGCGCACCUGGCUCGAACCCAGCGCGGAGCUCUGGGCGUCGAUCAGCAACCCAGCGGCGAGGACUCCCCCAGCCCGAAGGUCAGCGACAGCGAUGAUGCCCCGGGAGCGGGGGCCGGCGCACGUCCUGCCGGCGACCUGCCCCCCACGCCGGAGUCCACCGGCAGUGGCGGCGGCCACGCCAGCGGAGCGGCCGACCCCUCGACCGCGGCCAUCAAGCGCGAGCCCAGCGCCUCGGAAGCGCCCUUGUCGCCCGACAGCCCGCAGCGCGAGGGCUCCGAGCCCGCCGGCCGGUCGGGCUCCACCACGGCCAAGCGCUUCCCGCCGGAAACCGUCAGCGCCCUGCGGGAGACCUACAAUCGGACUCCCUACCCGGAGGAGCGCGAGAAGAAGCGCCUCUCCCGGCAGUGCAAUCUCACCAUGCGCCAGAUCAACCACUGGUUUACCAACAAGCGCAUGCGCGACAAGCGCCGCGACCGCAUGGGCACCAUCCGCUCGGAGCUCGACGGCGAUUCGCUCCUCGAGGCGUCCUACCUGAACCCCGGCGAGGAGUCCAUCAUCGACCCGGACGCCACCUAUAGCUCCUACAUGGGCGCCAUGGCCCGGAUGAUUCGCCGGCCAUCCAUGAUGCAUGCCGGGGCCGGCCUCCGGCUGCCCAACGGCCGGAUGGCCUCCACAAGCAGCAUGAUGGCCUCGGCCGGGGGGAUGCCCGCCGGCCCGGGUGUCGGGGCCUUCAUGCCGGAUGGCUCCAUGUCCGAGUCCAUGUUGGCCGAUUGCUUCCUCAACACCGGCGCCGGGGACAGCAUUUCCAAUGGCGAUUCGCUCUUCGGCGAGAGCGCCCUUUCCGAGUCCUUCCUCGGCGAGAGUGCCCUCCUGGACAACGCCUAUCCCAGUGGCGAUCCGCGACUGGCCCCGAAUGUCGGGGAGUUCCUGUUCCCCUCCGCCGGCGGCACCGGUCCCGCGCCCCCGCCAUCCAUGGCCGGGGUGGAUCCGCAAACCGGCCGCCGUGCUGCCGCCCCGGGCCCCGAUCCCUUCGCGGCCUCUUCGGCAGCCGGGUCCCCGGUCGGCCGGGCGCCCUCCAUGUCCAGUGGCGCCGGGGGAAUGCCCGCCGGUGCCCCGGCGCACCACGCUCACCAGCACGGCCACGCCCAUGCCCACCACCAUCACCAGCCCCACGGCCAGCCGCAGCCGCAGCCACAGCCGCAGCCGGCGACAGGCCCAUCCUACUCCAUGGGUGGGGCCCCGGGCCCCGGGCCGACGGUCUAUGGAGGUCACCCACAGCGCCCGGCCUCGGGUCCGCCGCAGCACCACGCCCACAUGCAUCACCAUGUGUCUCAGAGUGACGCUAUGUACUCCUCCUCGCCGGGCCGGCUUUCGCCUCACGGCCCAGCCGGCGGGGACUUCCCCCAGGCCGCCGGCUACCAUCGGUCAUCCUCAGGCAACCUCUACCGGCCAGCCUCUGCCCCUAACCCGCAAUCGCCUCAACAGCAGCAGCAGCAGCAGCAAUACUGACACUCACCGUGCACCCACCUUGGGAUGCUCGGCUCUCCCGCGCAGCGACUCGCCUUUUUCCGGCACCCCAUUUCACGGGGAGGCCGAGGUAAACCAAUGCCGGGGCUUUUUUUUUCCUCGUGGUUCCCCUUUGAUUCCCCCCCCCCCCCACCCCUCCUCUUGUUUCUCCCGAACCCUCUGUCCCCUCCAUGGCGACACUCGGCGUGUCUUCCUGAGUGAUCUCUCGGACUCUGCAACGGCAACACCAACAAUACAGUUUCCCUCCCCCUCGGCUUGCUCCAGGGUCCAUCA